GGGUUAGUUUGUGCACAGACACCGAACAGGAAGGAGCACAGAAAGGAGCACAGAACAGGACAGGAAGGAGCACAGACACCGAACAGGAAGGAGCACAGAACAGGACAGGAAGGAGCACAGAACAGGACAGGAAGGAGCACAGACACCGAACAGGAAGGAGCACAGAACAGGACAGGAAGGAGCACACAUCAGAAUAUAACAGCUGGUUUCACAUGUUUUGUUUGAUUCAUUAAUUUCCUUCCCACGUGCUAAAAUGUGUAAAGGACUGUCCUCCCUUCCCUCGUCAUGCUUGGAGAAAGCAAAGGGGAUGCGGGUGAAGUUGAGUCACCUGGCUGACAAACAGGAGUGGACACAUCACAAACACAGGGUCCAUGAGGACAGGACUCUUCGGGAUCUGGAGUCUCUACUCAACAGCAAGAUUGGCCAGAAAGCUUUCCUCUGGUUCCUGCAGUCUGAGUUCAGUGAGGAGAACCUGCAGUUCUGGUUGGCCUGUGAGGAGUACAGGGUUACCCCCCCAUGGCAGCAGGGGGCCAAGGCCCAGUCUAUGUACUGCCAAUACAUCAACCCUGGUUCACCACAGGAGGUGAACCUGGAUGCUGAGACCAGGGAGGCUCUACUGAGAGUGAUGGAGGAGCCUGCAGGCAACACAUUCCACGAGGCCCAACAACACGUCUACCACCUGAUGGCCAAAGACUCUUAUCCUCGCUUCCUGCGCUCCCCACACUGCCUGGAGGCCCUUAGGGUUCCUUAGAUAUUCCACAGCGCCACCUGCUGCCCUGGAGGACCACACAACAACAUAAUAACAAGCUGUAUUUUAUAACUACAUUAGAAUUUAUAUCAUUUAUAUUUAUUCUCAAGUCUUAGUAGACACUCAUAUGUGAGUUGUAAGAUGUUUGUGUUUAUCAUAAAUAUGGUAUAUGUCCAUCUAGUUCCUAAUCAAGUGUUUUGACAGGAACUGAGAUCAUGAGUAUUCAAGUCAAAUCAAAUUGGUCCAUAUUUAACAGAUAUUAUUGGUCCAUACUUAUUGGUCCAUAUUUAACAGAUAUUAUUGGUCCAUAUUUAACAGAUAUUAUUGGUCCAUAUUUAACAGAUAUUAUUGGUCUAUAUUUAACAGAUGUUAUUGGUCCAUACACAUAUUUGACAUGUUAUUGGUCCAUACACAUAUUUAACAUGUUAUUGGUCCAUACACAUAUUUAACAUGUUAUUGGUCCAUACACAUAUUUAACAUGUUAUUGGUCCAUACACAUAUUUAACAUGUUAUUAUUGGUCCAUACACAUAUUUAACAUGUUAUUAUUGGUCCAUACACAUAUUUAACAUGUUAUUGGUCCAUACACAUAUUUAACAUGUUAUUGGUCCAUACACAUAUUUAACAUGUUAUUAUUGGUCCAUACACAUAUUUAACAUGUUAUUAUUGGUCCAUACACAUAUUUAACAUGUUAUUAUUGGUCCAUACACAUAUUUAACAUGUUAUUAUUGGUCCAUACACAUAUUUAACAUGUUAUUGGUCCAUACACAUAUUUAACAUGUUAUUAUUGGUCCAUACACAUAUUUAACAUGUUAUUGGUCCAUACACAUAUUUAACAUGUUAUUGGUCAAUACACAUAUUUAACAGAUGUUAUUGGUCCAUACACAUAUUUAACAUGUUAUUGGUCCAUACACAUAUUUAACAUGUUAUUGGUCAAUACACAUAUUUAACAGAUGUUAUUGGUCCAUACACAUAUUAAACAGAUGUUAUUGGUCCAUACACAUAUUUAACAUGUUAUUGGUCCAUACACAUAUUUAACAGAUGUUAUUGGUCCAUACACAUAUUUAACAUGUUAUUGGUCCAUAUUUAACAGAUGUUAUUGGUCCAUACACAUAUUUAACAGAUGUUAUUGGUCACAUACACAUAUUUAACAUGUUAUUGGUCCAUAUUUAACAGAUGUUAUUGGUCCAUACACAUAUUUAACAGAUGUUAUUGGUCCAUACACAUAUUUAACAUGUUAUUGGUCACAUACACAUAUUUAACAGAUAUUAUUGGUCCAUAUUUAACAGAUGUUAUUGGUCCAUAUUUAACAGAUGUUAUUGGUCCAUAUUUAUCAGAUGUUAUUGGUCACAUACACAUAUUUAACAGAUGUUAUUGGUCACAUACACAUAUUUAACAGAUGUUAUUGGUCCAUACACAUAUUUAACAGAUGUUAUUGGUCCAUAUUUAACAGAUGUUAUUGGUCUAUAUUUAACAGAUGUUAUUGGUCCAUACACAUAUUUAACAGAUGUUAUUGGUCCAUAUUUAACAGAUGUUAUUGGUCCAUAUUUAACAGAUGUUAUUGGUCCAUACACAUAUUUAAAAGAUGUUAUUGGUCACAUACACAUAUUUAACAGAUGUUAUUGGUCCAUACACAUAUUUAACAGAUGUUAUUGGUCCAUACACAUAUUUAACAGAUGUUAUUGGUCCAUACACAUAUUUAACAGAUGUUAUUGGUCCAUAUUUAACAGAUGUUAUUGGUCCAUAUUUAACAGAUGUUAUUGGUCCAUAUUUAACAGAUGUUAUUGGUCCAUACACAUAUUUAACAGAUGUUAUUGGUCCAUACACAUAUUUAACAGAUGUUAUUGGUCCAUAUUUAACAGAUGUUAUUGGUCACAUACACAUAUUUAACAGAUGUUAUUGGUCACAUACACAUAUUUAACAUAUGUUAUUGGUCCAUAUUUAACAGAUGUUAUUGGUCCAUACACAUAUUUAACAGAUGUUAUUGGUCCAUAUUUAGCAGAUGUUAUUGGUCCAUAUUUAACAGAUGUUAUUGUUCCAUACACAUAUUUAACAGAUGUUAUUGGUCCAUACACAUAUUUAACAGAUGUUAUUGGUCCAUAUUUAACAUAUGUUAUUGGUCCAUACACAUAUUUAGCAGAUGUUAUUGGUCCAUAUUUAACAGAUGUUAUUGGUCCAUACACAUAUUUAACAGAUGUUAUUGGUCCAUAUUUAGCAGAUGUUAUUGGUCCAUAUUUAACAGAUGUUAUUGUUCCAUACACAUAUUUAACAGAUGUUAUUGGUCCAUACACAUAUUUAACAGAUGUUAUUGGUCCAUAUUUAACAUAUGUUAUUGGUCCAUACACAUAUUUAGCAGAUGUUAUUGGUCCAUAUUUAACAGAUGUUAUUGGUCCAUAAACAUAUUUAACAGAUGUUAUUGGUCCAUAUUUAGCAGAUGUUAUUGGUCCAUAUUUAGCAGAUGUUAUUGGUCCAUACACAUAUUUAGCAGAUGUUAUUGGUCCAUAUUUAACAGAUGUUAUUGGUCCAUACACAUAUUUAACAGAUGUUAUUGGUCCAUAUUUAACAGAUGUUAUUGGUCCAUAUUUAGCAGAUGUUAUUGGUCCAUAUUUAACAGAUGUUAUUGUUCCAUACACAUAUUUAAACAGAUGUUAUUGGUCCAUACACAUAUUUAACAGAUGUUAUUGGUCCAUACACAUAUUUAACAGAUGUUAUUGGUCCAUACACAUAUUUAACAGAUGUUAUUGGUCCAUACACAUAUUUAACAGAUGUUAUUGGUCCAUAUUUAACAGAUGUUAUUGUUCCAUACACAUAUUUAACAGAUGUUAUUGGUCCAUACACAUAUUUAUCAGAUGUUAUUGCGGGAAAGGGAAAUGCUUGUGUUCCGAGCUUCAACAGUGCAGUAGUAUCUAACAUUUCGCUGAGUAACUCGUCUUACUAGAUGCUCUUCGGUAGAGGAAUUUAUAACUGUAUUAGUAUGAGAAAUGUGUAUGUGCCCACAUGUAUGUGCCCAGGAUUACAUGUAUGUGCCCAGGAUUACAUGUAUGUGUCCAGGAUUACAUGUAUGUGCCCAGGAUUACAUGUAUGUGCCCAGGAUUACAUGUAUGUGCCCAGGAUUACAUGUAUGUGCUCCAGGAUUACAUGUAUGUGCUCCAGGAUUACAUGUAUGUGCUCCAGGAUUACAUGUAUGUGCCCAGGAUUACAUGUAUGUGCCCAGGAUUACAUGUAUGUGCCCAGGAUUACAUGUAUGUGUCCAGGAUUACAUGUAUGUGCCCAGGAUUACAUGUAUGUGUCCAGGACUACAUGUAUGUGCCCAGGAUUACAUGUAUGUGCCCAGGAUUACAUGUAUGUGCCCAGGAUUACAUGUAUGUGCCCAGGAUUACGUGUAUUUGCACCAGGACUACAUGUAUGUGCCCAGGAUUACAUGUAUGUGCCCAGGAUUACAUGUAUGUGCCCAGGAUUACAUGUAUGUGCCCAGGAUUACAUGUAUGUGUCCAGGAUUACAUGUAUGUGCCCAGGAUUACGUGUAUUUGCACCAGGACUACAUGUAUGUGCCCAGGAUUACAUGUAUGUGCCCAGGAUUACAUGUAUGUGUCCAGGAUUACAUGUAUGUGCCCAGGAUUACGUGUAUUUGCACCAGGACUACGUGUAUGUGCCCAGGAUUACAUGUAUGUGCCCAGGAUUACAUGUAUGUGCCCAGGAUUACAUGUAUGUGCCCAGGAUUACAUGUAUGUGCCCAGGAUUACAUGUAUGUGCCCAGGAUUACAUGUAUGUGCCGAGUUCAUUGGAUCGCAUGUAGAAUGAACUGUAGCCGUAACGAGAAACCUGUGGACUUUAUGUUCUGGUGAGGUUUGGGCUGAACUCCUCUAUCUGUCCAAUAAAACCAGCAAAAACACAGUUGAAAAAACAA